CCUUAUGCAAGAUCCUUUCCAAUACCUCACUCCACAAUGUUCAGCCAGGGCGGUACCAGCUCCUCGGAUCAGCAGGGGCAGGGCAAUAAGCGACAACGCACGGCUGCCAUGUACCACCGGAAACGUGCCGUGACGGCUUGCCAAUCUUGCCGAUUGAGAAAGACCAAGUGCGACAACGUUCGUCCAGUCUGUGGGUUCUGCUCCAGGAACGGGGCUCAAUGUGUUUAUCCUGGCUCUGGCCCUGAUAGUGAUUACUCAAGCUACGACCCGGCUAGUUUGACCAUUCUGGAUCGACUCAACCAUGUUGUUUCUCUUCUUGAGUCUCGACCUUUAGCAGUACUCGUGAAUGAUACUGGGUCAUACGACUCACCACAUGAAGCAUCUAACCUAUCAGCAAGGCAUUCUAGUGUCACCCAGCCAUUGCGUGUCGCUCCUAUACACGCAUCGAGAGAUCUAACGACACACGUCCCUGAAGAUGAUAUUCUCCAGAUCCUAGACCGCCCUGAUUUUCCGUCAGCAUCAAACAGUUGCGAAAGUAUUAUGCGCUGGCCUAUCUUCCAAGGCCUAGUACCUGAAGUCCACUACUUUGUCCUUGAAUCAGAUGUAGAUACAGAAGCAACACCGGGUGCUGCCAGGGGCGUCUCAGGAGGAAAGGGAGUUCAGGAAGAGGACUUCAUUCAACUUUCAAAACGGUUUCUGGCAUAUGUACAUGUUAAGAAUCCAAUUCUGGAUGUCAAGGAUUACAAGAAGAAGGUUAGAGAAGCAGCUGAGAAUGGGCCACGAUGGGAUGGCGCGUCUUGCCUUGUACUGAUAUCAUGCGCAAUUGCAUGCCUAUCGGUACCGUUUCACACGGAGGCAGACCUUGACGGCUCUCCUGCCUCAACGCGCUCAUCGACAACCACUAUUAUAGACCCAGACACCGCUGCAUCAUACUAUCUGGCCGCAAAGAAACGACUGGGACUGCUCCAGCCAUCACUCUUAUAUAUACAGUGCCUAUUCCUUUGUGGUAUAUAUGAGAUGUACUGCCUUCGUCCACUCCAGGCCUGGUUCCACUUCAAUCGCGCUUGUGUCGAUUUGCGAAACAUCCUCUGGACCCGCAGUCAGAAGAAAUCGAGUGAGGCAACCACACAGGAAACCCGUCGACUUGAACAAAGACUGUAUUGGUCUUGUGUUAAAACAGAAUAUGAAUUACGGUACGAGAUACCGUUGCCGCCAAGCGGUAUCACACAGUGUGACUAUCCAGACAUGUUCCCCUCUCCACCAACGGAACUGACCUCUCCAUCGGCCUAUGAUCGGGGUGACACAUUGGACGACGAUAUUGUCCCCGAAGAAGAGAAGAGUUGGUUCUAUUAUUUGGCAGAGAUUUCUUAUCGAAGGAUGAUGAACCGAGCCAUGGCUGUAAUGGCCCGGAGCGGAGAGCAAGGUUGGAGUGAUAAUAUCUGUAAAGCUAUGGAGCAUUGCAAAGAGUUCAACGAACAAAUAGAUCUUUGGUAUUCGCACAUUCCACCUCAAAUCGACCCAAAGAACGCAGUCCACACCAACAACGAGCUGGCACAGUUUUUGAGGAAUCGUGAACUAUCUUGUCGAGAAUGGAUACACCGUCCGUUUCUCUUCUACAUACUUCACCAAUCGCCAGAAGAUGAACACUACGGUCGAGCUAUGCCACUGGCGCAGAGGUGUCUGGAGUUGUGCGUAGAGCAUCUCUUCCGAACUUACGGUCAUAAUCGGCAUCAUGGGACGUGGUAUAUUGCCCGUUCUUGUGUGACCAAAGCUCUAGUCUUGCUGGCUGCGGCUAAGAGUGGUCGCAUACCGCUCCCUCCAGGCUGGAAAGAGGCAUUGGAAAUUGCGCGAUGGACAAUAAAUCGGUGGUCCGGUGAAGCUCCGGACCUUGAGUGGGCCCAGAGAAUGUUGGAGGAUAUUCUUGGAGAGGUUGAAAAGCAUGUGUAAAAGUGUAUAAAACACGAUG